GACAACCCCUCUGACUCGACGAUACGACAGCCCUUCUCAUUACCUCAUCACCUCCUGCCUAUUGUCACCCUCUAUUCCAUGCAAAGGAAAUAAAAUCAGGGUUUCGCAUUUGCUAUUUUAAUCCCUAACUAGUUUCACUCUCUCAAGGAUAAAAUAAUGGAAUCGCCAGCUUGGUUGCCUCGACGAGAAGUUAAGCCUCCGCCAACUUCCACUGAAGCCGGAGUCGCAGCAGAUGCUCCUCCAUUGGAGAAUUCAGCUGGUAACAAUGCAAACAGUAGCUGUUCAGUUCCGGCGCCGGCAUUCAGUUACAACGUGAUUCCUAAUAUGUCUUCCGGCUAUGCAUGCUAAUCCAUAAUCCACCGGGACCGCCUGUCCAUGUUCCUGGCCCGGUUUCAUCCGCUGGCCCUCCCUUUUCGUAUAAAAUCCCGCAAACCAGUCCUGUUUCUCAUGGCAAUCAGCAGCUUCAAUCCUGCAUUGAUAAAUCAUCUGCAGUUUCCCAAGGCAGUGCACCAUUAGCGGCAUCAAUUGUAUCCCAGCACCAGAUACUGCUCCUUUCUUUUUCCCCCUGGAUUGGCUAGAACUCCCGGCACAUUUGCCCCCCAAGGGCUGGCACCAUCUGCUCCAAUGACCCAGCCACCUGUAGCUGUUGAUUCUUUACCUUCAGGAGUUCAGAGGCCCAUUAUGCCAACAAUGCCCCCUUCAAAUGCAGUUCAGCAGCAAACAUAUCCUACCUACCCAUCUUUACCUGCCAUGGCUGCAUCCCCACAGGCCUCUGGAUGCAUCCCCCACCCAUGGGAGGUACGCCUAGGCAACCAUUUUUGCCAUAUCCUGCUGCUUUUCCUGGACAUAGCAUAUCUCCUCCUCCUGUUUUGUUGCCUGAUUCUCAACCUCCUGGUGCUGUUCCUGUUGGAACUGCAGGUGCAAAUCACAUGCUUUCUUCUGCUUCAGUUCAUCAGUUGCCAGGUGCUCCAAGGAUGCAGACAGAAUUACCUCCUGGAAUUGGCAUCUUGGACCGAGUCAAAACCAAGGUUGGAGAAGGAUCCACAAGGACGUGCGACAAAUCCUGAUUUAGAUCCAUCUGAUAUAGAGAAUCUCUUUCGGGAGCACAUCAAGAUGCCGCAUGAGCGGUGUACAAAUGUUUUCAAAGAUCUGUUACCUGAAGUUAUAAUUGGUGAAGCAGCAGCCCAGAAGACAGAAGACGGGAAAACAGUCCUUGAUUCAUGGUCACCUGCUAAACGUCUUCUGAAGCCUGAUCCUAGGUAUAACAAGAUGCCUCGAAAAGAGAGGGAAACUUUGUGGCGUCGAUAUGCGGAGGAGAUGUUAAGAAAGAAAAAGUCUUCACCGGAUUGGAAGGAAGAUAGGCAUACAGAUGCUAAAAAUAGAAGCUCUAAUGAUUCUCUUCAAUCAGGAUCGAGAACACAUGACCGAGGAUAGCCUAUUGAUUUUUGGAUAAGCUCGUUUUAUUUUUGACUAGGAACUAGGCUCUUGUAGAAUUUACUGAUAGCUACUUUGCUAGUGAUAUUUAUCGCUCCCACUUUUUGUGGGUGCGGUGUCAUCCAGGUUAUCUGAUAGAAUUCAGCAAAAAGCUUAGCUA